AGAGACGUCAAAAAUUAUUGUUUUGAUUUGAAGAAAAUAUUUUUUGUGGUGCGAAAAAAUCGUGAAAAACUGAUGAAAAUCCCCGGAAAGAGUGAUUGUGCGUGAAUAAAGGGGUACACUAGUGGGUGAUACGUGCGUGCGUGACAAUGAGUGAAGCGUACUCGCAUCAAGUACUGCGAACGGUGGUGGCGCAGAUUUGCCAAACAAUUGGAUGGCAUUCCAUCCAAUCCGGGACUCUGGACAUUCUCGUGGAUACGGCAAAGCGCUACAUCCAGGCCCUGGGGCGGGACACGCACAGAUUCACAGAGUUGGCCCAGAGAACGGAGCCGAAUUUAGAUGAUCUGGAACGGGCAUUUGCGGAUUGGCAGGUGAAUUAUGAUGACAUUGUGGAGUACGUGAGGAAUGUGAGCCCGGAGGAGUGCGCCAUUAAGGUACCAAAGUACCCGGCAAAGAAGGAGAAUCACCUGAAUUUCCUCAAGCCGGGAAGUAAGGAAGUCAUCACGCGUCCCGUUCACAUUCCCGAGUAUAUGCCACCAAUUUUGCCUGAAGAGGAAGAUGGGAAGGUGGCUGAGAAGGAGAAUCAACGUUCCCGGGAUGAGAUUGACGUGGUUUCCUUGUCUCCGCGUCAGGCGACUGCUGUGAAGGUUGAGAGGGAUUUUGUACCCCCAGCUCCAGUGCCACGGGCGAGAUUCUCAGCACAGGCUGAGGAUGAAAUGGGGAGGAGUGUCCGGGAGAAUAGUAGUGUCAUAAUGACAACUUCUGGGUUCAUUUCCCCCUCCCGGGCAGGAAAGGCUCCGGAUGCGAAGCUAAGUGUGGAUGUUGCGGAUCUAAUUCAGCAGCUUGUUGGUCCGGAAGCGGCUCCUCUGCCCCAGAAACCCUUCCUUCCACCUUCGCACGCUUCGAAAGCCCCCCCGGAGCCGAAGGACAACCCCCUGGCGGCUCCUAUUCAUGCUGCUCCUUCGCCCCUGAAUAUCGCUUCGGCAAAUCCAGAUAAAUUCGACGUGAAGGUCAAAGGGCGCAAAGGGGACCGGAAGGAAGGUGCAGAGAAGCCCCGACAGAAGAACAAACCACACAGAGCCAAGGAAGGACCCACCCGGAAGGCGCAUACGAGUAAGAAGGCAAUGCGAGAGGCGCAGGAGCAGCAAAUACGCCCUCCAGCACCGGAAAUGCCCCUCCCAAUGGACCUGGUUACGGUUAAGAAGCCUCCGGAUGAGCCACCGGAAGUUCCCAUCGUUGAAGGGAAGAUUAGCGCAGAACCGGAUAAGCUGAAGAUGAAUAUCUUCAAGAGGAUCUCCACAAAAGGGACUGGGGUGAAGGAGGAGAAAUCCAUGGAGGGUCUUCCGGAUUCCCUGCCCUUUGUACCAGGGCCAGAACUCACAAUUAGAGCCAUUCCCGCUACUCCGGAAUCCCCGGUGCAGAAGAAACGACAAAAUCCCAGUGGCAGGAGCACAGAGCCGAAAGAGAGGAAGAAACCACGCACGGAGAAGGUGUCCAAGAAGCAGAAGAUGCAACUCAAUCCAUCUCCAAUGGCGGACAAUGCGAUGCGCUUCGAUGGUGGCUUCCAGGGUGACUUCCAUCAGCCACCGAUAAAGCAGGAAACCUCACCAGGUGGGAUUCCGCCAAUGUUCCCACCGCAGCAGCCCUCACCACGAGCAUCGGCGCACAAUCUCUUCAAUCUCUUCAACUUCUCCAGCAGUCCGGGACUUAUUCCACCUCCGGCUCUCUUUGGCAAUCCCUUUGGGUUGCAUCCACAGCAGCCACCUGGUGGGCUUCCCUUCCCGCCCGGAAUGCGCGCCCCCAAUCCCUUCAACAUCAUGCCACUGCCGCGUUUCCCGCCGAUUAAUCCUCCAGCUCCACCCACGCCACCAGCCCUUCCGGAAUCCCUCCUUCCGCAAUCCCCGCCAGAUAGGGCGCAUUGCAAUGUGGCACCCCUUGUGCCGGAAUCCCUCAAACUCGAACCUCUCGUGCUGAACAUGUCCACAACGCCACCAGUUGAGCCAAAAGAUGAGCCCGUGGUGAUUCCGGAUGAUGACGAGGAGGAGGCAAAGCGACGGAAGAUGGAGAAGAAGGUGAAGAAGAAGAAGGAGAAGAAAGAGAAGACAAAGGACAAGGAGAAGAAGCGCGAAGAGAAACGUGCCCUAAAGGAGGCAAUGAAGGUGUCAAAAGCAAAGGAGAAGCGCGAGAAGAAGAAGGAACGCGAAAGGUUGGAGCGUGAGGGGGCUUUCAAGGAGGAAAACAUGACCAGCAUCCCGAAGUUGACGCUUAAACUUGGUGCAGCCCAUUCGCCCAAUCCGCCAUCCCCAGAAGGAGGCAGGAAGUUAACAAUUAAGCCCAUUAAACGUGAGCCUGCGGGUGAAGCUGAUGGUGGAGAAAUGCCAGAAUUGGCGAGAAUUUCUCCCCUUGUGACGCGUCCGCCAAAGCCAAAGUCACCCCCACAGUCGGGUUAUGGGUUUUUCCAGCAUUCCCCAACUGGGGCAGGAAUACCGUCAUCCACGGCAAUUUCAGGAACAAAAGGAUUUCCGCCAUCUUUGGCAACACAGGGAGAGCAUAUUAAGAGCCCAACGACGUCUCUCUUGACCCCUCUGCCCAUCAAGGGACGUCCAAGGGGGAGUGGGAGCAAGCAGCACACGGCAACACUUUCAGCAGCUCCCGCUGUUCCAACAAUGAGCUCUUCAGGACUCAAUAUGUCGGUUGAGACGAGUCUCCUACCUGAGAAGCUGCCCAACAACUCAAUGAGGGAUGCGGAUGGAAAUCAAGUUUGGAUCUGCCCUGCAUGUGGACGCGUGGACGAUGGAACGCCGAUGAUUGGGUGCGAUGGAUGCGAUGCCUGGUACCACUGGGUUUGCGUUGGUAUCCAAGUACCGCCAGAUGCAACGGAGGAUUGGUACUGCCGCGUGUGCAUCGUGAAGAAGCAAGAAAUGCAGGCAGGCGGCGGAGGGGGGAUGGAGAAGAAGAAGAAGCGCAAGAAGCGCGAAAAGAAACAGCAACAGGUUUAGAGGAAAAUCGAACAAAUUAUUUUCGCGAAUUCUUCAUAAUUUUUUAUUAUUUAAAACUUAUUAAAUAAAAAGAUUAAGUAAUUUAUAGAAUAAAUUCAAAAAGUCUUAUAAAAUUUUAUUCAAAGUAAAGAAAAAAUGUUAUUGAUAAAAUCUUGAUGUUUACUCACAAAUGAAAGUAAAUAAAAUAAAGAAAAAUUAAAGAUGGUGAAA